AUGGAGAAGAGGAUGAGGAAGCACCCUAUAUUAAAAAAUUUAUACUAUUUGCAUCUGAAUGGUGUACACCAAAAGAAAAUGUGCAACAUGCAGUGCGCCUCAUGCUUCGGAAUGGCUGGAUGCGUCAACGUGCUGUCAAGCAAAUUUUAGAGGAUGGUUUUGCUCGAGAAUUUCCGUCCUUAGCUGAAGCACGACGGAUAACUGGAAUUGAUGAGUCCAGUAUUAGGAAG